AUGUACAGCGCACCUCACCAAGCCUCAGCGCCUAUGAAUGGCAUGUCUGGAGAAGUUAUUGACGGCUCGGGCACCAUCAACCCAGCCGCGCUUAAUACUGCCGCCUCACUUUCUGCGCCGACCGCAGCACCAUCGAAUCUCAGUCCGCGUGGAAUCAAGCGAAGUAGAUCUCCGGAUCAAUAUGGUGAUGCUGGGUUUGAUGGCGGCGAUCAUGAUGACCAUUCGAUACAUCAUGAUGAACACGGCCGGCGAAAGCGUGGGCGACCGCCAAAAACCUCGCGCCCAUCAAGUGCUACUGCCGCCACUACUAACUCCAACUCUCACUACGUUUCGCCUCUUCAACAUCCAUCAGCCGUAGCUGGCGCGAUGCAGACGCCGCAAUUGUCAGUUCAAUCUCUCCCAAACCAGACCUCGAUAUCCCCUCCGCAACAUUCGCCGCCUGCGAAAACGACGCCAACAAAAACGCUUGUCAAAGCGCUUCCAACAGUGCGUGAUCACACAACAGACACUCUGAAUGAAGGUCGCGACGAGUAUCUAGCUAAGGAAUGGGACGAUGCCGGCGAGAACAAAGUCGAUAUGGAUGGCUACUUGAAAGACGGUCGUGUGUAUAGAUGUCGGACCUUUCGUGUACCUGGUCGCGGAAACAAGUUAUUCAUGCUGGCAACUGAAUGUGCGCGAGUGCUCGGCUACCGCGACUCCUACCUGUUAUUCAACAAGAAUCGAUCGCUCUUCAAGAUUAUCGCGAGUCAAAUCGAGAAAGAUGAUCUGAUUCAGCAAGACAUUCUUCCAUACUCUUACAGAUCUCGCCAGAUUGCGAUUGUAACCGCUCGAUCCAUGUUCCGUCAGUUCGGCAGCCGUGUCAUAGUGGACGGUAGACGAGUCCGCGACGAUUAUUGGGAAAGCAAGGCGAGGAAGCAGGGAUUCACCGAGGAGGAUUUGGCGGGAGAGAAGCGGCCUGGUGCCGCCAAAGCUCGCGACGCAGCAGCAGCAGAGGCCGCUGCAAAUGCCGGUAUUCUGCCAGGCCUGGGUCAAAAUGAUAUCGUGUACAGCAGUGCAAUCGAAGGAAUGCCGCAUCUUCCUCCCGGUCUAGCAGGCCAUGGAGGUGUUUCGCUUGCGCCUCUUCCGAUGAUUCACCUAGCGCCUACGACAGAUGAUCCAAGAUUGCGAGAAUAUAGCUCUAUGCCCCGUCCUCGGCAGGAGAUGACAGGGCAGGCAUAUCAAGACCGCUCUCAACCCAGCACAAUGGCGGAGAUUCGCAACCAAGCUACGCACACUGCAGAGUUUAACAAGAUCUUAAAUAACCAGCGAGCGUUUAGGCAAAAGGGCUUGGAGGAGUUUUAUACAACGCCUCGUGAAGUACCAACAUCUUCCCCAGCUCAUUUAGGUCAAGCCGAUGUAAUCGCUGCUACUGCUGCUGCACCAGCCUCGUCCUUGCAAUCACCACAAAUGACAUCUUCGGGCGCCAUCAUGAACCAGGCAUCGCAGCAACACCGUGGUGUCCUCCAACAACCCACACAAAUGAUGACUCAACCAUCUCAAGCCGCAUACAGUCAACAGCAGCAGGCAGUCUCACAAGUAACCGCACAGUCACCGUUAGGGAAUAACAUGCAUGGCAUUCGGCCUGAUGCGCUUCACUCGAGGCAAGCUAAUGCAGCGGCGCUGUCAUCAGCAGCAUCACAGACACCAUACGGCUAUCAAUCGCAGGCGCAGCCGAUUUGGGGACAGCCACCGCCUCAACCACAGCACCAACAACCAGCCCUGUCCGCGUCACCUCACAUGGGAAUGCCACAGUACGCAGGGCAAAUGCAGCAACAAAGUCCGUCGCCACACCCGAGCGGUGGUCAACCGCAUCCGUCGCAGUCGCCGCACAACCAGGCACGACCCACACAAGCCAUGCCCCAAGGUAUGCAGAUGCACCCACAGGUUGGGCAACCUGGUAUGCCAUCAAUGGGAUACCAAGCUGGAGGCGUGGCGUAUAGCAACGUACCGAACCCUCGAGCCAUGUAUGCACAAGCUCAAUCUCCAGUUCAACAGCAGUUUGUGCCUGCUCAAGCGGGUGGAAUGACGAUGGCGAUGGGAGCUGGAGUAGGCAUGCCCGGUUGGCCAUCUCCAGCAGGAAGCGGACAUAUACAACCCGGGCAACCGCAACAAGGUCAAUCCGGCAGUCCAUUGGGGGGAUGGUCCAGUUAUUAG